GAGUCAUAACUCGGCCACUAACAGAAGUAGAAGAAGACUGUGAACUGUCAGAGUCAAGCUAGCUAACAUUUAUAGAGUAGAGAUUGUUUCAAGCCCGUUUCAAAGUUUCCCGCUUGUAUAUCUAACCUCUUUAUUCCUUGCUGCUCUGUCCAUUCACAUUACGGGAAAAACAGAGUGACGCAGUAUCGCCUGUAGCCACAUUAAAUGAGACGUCAUGGAGAAAAACUUCAGUCAGUGGAAGAAGCAGUGCCUGAACAAGCUGGACCUGAGUAAGAAAGGCAGUGUGGAUGAAGAUAUUGUGCAUGUGGUGUCUCUGCUCAACAGCUGUGAGGAGUACUUCACCACCAGCUCCUGCUCCGGCCGAGUCAUCCUCACUGACGGGGCUCCAGAGAGCAGUGCUGUCCAGAAACAGAACUGUGUCUGGCUGUUUGUCUCACAUCAUAAAUGCAAAUGUGACGACCUGAUGUCUGCUCUAGCCAGGUCCAGUGGAGAUGCUGUGUUGAAGUUUGAGCCCUUCGUGCUCCAUGUUCAGUGUCGGAGGCUGGAAGAUGCUCAGCUGAUGCACUCAGUGGCCGUCAACUCAGGCUUCAGGAACUCUGGUCUCACCGCCAGCAAGACAGGAAAGAUCAUCACGGCAGUCCGUAGCACCCAUGGCCUGGAGGUUCCUCUCAGUCAACAAGGAAGGCUCCUGGUAGACCACAACUACAUCAAUUUCCUAACUCAGAUAGCCAAUCAGAAGAUGGAAGAGAACCUCAGACGGAUCCACAGGUUCUACCAGAACCUCCAGUCUGCUCUGACUGCAGAGAAACUACAAAAACUACAAAUCCCAGAUCCUCCCAGCUCACAGGAACUUAAAGAUCACUCUCAGAGACUGGAAACAGAAAAGGGGGAGGAGGAGGAGAAGAGGAGCAAAUCAAGUGUGUACAAACGGAGGCGGAAACGAGGACAGCAACAUCAGACUGACGUUUGCCGUAGUGACAGAGACAGCAGUGUGCCAGAGCUGGAUGAUUGUCUGGAUCUGUUUACAUGAACUAGUGGCUCUGGAGCUCUGCACAUGCACUGACAUGCUCAGUGUGACACUGAAUGGAUGAUAAUGUUUCUUUGAUCGAGUGCAGGGCGAAUUGUGUAAAAUGUCUUCGUCUUGAAAAUCAAGGUCACUUUUAGUCAAAAAGUGAUUCUAGCACUGUGUCCCAAAUCUAGACUGCACACUAAUUGUGAGCGGGUGAGUAUGUAUUGUGUUUAUACAGGAAAAUUGACAGAAUUCAGUAUACUCAAACCAGACACUGCAUACUAAAUAUGGUCAGUUUUUGAAUCCCACAAUGCAGCACAGUGGAAACAGAUGAAGGGAAAAACUGUACACGUAGAAGGCAGCAUUACACACCUCAUAGUGUUCAACAUGCUGGAAUCUCAUCACAAUAAAAAUGGAGGAGGGAACAGCUGGACAAAAUGGCAGCAGCUCUUUCCAUUUUCAAAUGAGCUGUUGUCUGAGGUCACAGAUGAUUUUUUUUGGGUCUUUUUUUUCUUUUUCACAGGAGGCUUUGUGUCAUUUUUGUUCAGCAUGAGACCUUUUGUAGGCUUCAUUAGGUGUAUGCUAACUGCAAUGACAUGUAGUAUGGAUUUGGGACUUGGCAUAGGUAUCUCCUGGAUAUCUUUAGGGCUGCAACUAAUGAUUAUUUUCAUUGUUGAUUAAUGUGUUUAUUAUUUUCUAAUUUAGUUGUUUGGUC